AUGCAUUUACCGAGCAGAACGAGCUCUGUGUGGAUUUAUGUCUUGUUCGUGCUGCUGGAUUGUUACUUGGAAGCGGCGUCUGGGCAGAUCUCUUACUCCGUCUCAGAGGAGGUGAACAUGGGGACUUCUGUCGGAAAUAUCGCUAAAGAUCUGAACCUCAAUGUCCAUGAUUUGGAGUCUCGCAUGUUUCAGAUCGUUGCUGGAUCAAAAAGAAAAUAUUUCGAGGUAAAUCCAAAGACUGGUGUCCUCCACGUUAAUGAGAGAAUAGACCGAGAGGAACUCUGUGGCGAUCAGCCUAAAUGUUCCCUCAGCGUAGAAGCAGUUAUUAAUAACCCGUUAAAACUGUACCGUAUUGAAAUUGUAAUCUUAGAUGUGAAUGACAAUUCUCCGUCAUUUAUCAACACGUUACAGGUAUUAAACAUAAGUGAGAACACAGCAGCAGGUACAAAAUUUCCUCUGCAUGCAGCUCAUGAUGCUGACGUCGGUAAAAAUACUGUCAGUACCUACAAACUAAGCCAAAAUGAACACUUCUCUCUCGAUACACAUAAAGGAGAGAGUGUAACUCCAGAAUUAUUGCUUCAGAGGGUUGUAGACAGAGAAAAAGAGCCUGUGAUUCGACUCACAUUGACCGCCAUUGAUGGUGGAACUCCGGCUAAAUCUGGCACAAUGACUAUAAUAGUAAAUGUGCUGGACAUAAACGAUAACGCUCCCGUAUUUAGUCAAACUCUAUACAAAGCCAGUGUGUAUGAAAAUGUAAAGAUAGGCACUUCAAUAAUCACUUUAAAUUCUACUGAUUUAGAUGCAGGCCUAAAUGGACAAGUGUUGUAUUCAUUCAGUGAAGUAGGUAGAGGGAAACAAGAUGAUCUGUUUGCUAUAGACGAAAACACUGGGACUGUAACAAAUAAAAAUAAUAUAGACUUUGAAGAGAAUAAUAAUUUUGAGAUUCGAGUUCAGGUCAGUGACGGAGCUACUCCUCCCCUGACCACACAUGCAAAAUUACUAAUUGUAAUUUUAGAUGUCAAUGACAAUGCCCCAGAAAUUUCAGUUACAUCACUGUUAAACACAGUGAAAGAGGAUGCAUCCAUUGGCACUGCAAUUGCACUUGUUUCAGUGUUUGAUAAAGAUGGGGGCAAAAAUAGCAUGGUGCACAGCAAAAUUUCCAAUAAUGUACCUUUUAAAUUAGAGUCAAAUUAUAAGAAUUACUAUUCGUUGGUUGUGGACGGUCCUCUUGACAGAGAGAGCGUAUCACAAUACAAUAUCAGCAUAACUGCUAUUGAUGAGGGCAGCCCACCACUAUCCAGCACCAGCGUUAUUCGUGUACACAUAUCAGAUGUGAAUGAUAACAAACCUCUCUUCACAGAAAGCAUAAUCAAUGUUUAUGUGAAGGAGAACAGGCCAGUAGGGGCAGUUAUAAAAACAGUGUCAGCGAUUGAUACUGACGUCAAUCAAAAUGGUGACGUGAGCUAUUCCUUUUUAACUGACAACAGUAACUCGUUACCUCUCUCUACCAUGGUAAACAUUAAUUCAGAGACUGGAGAUAUAGUCAGCCUGCAGUCUUUUAACUUUGAGGAGUUAAAAACAUUUCAGUUUAAAGUUCAGGCCACAGACUCUGGUAUUCCUCCGCUCAGCAGCAACGUGACUGUCAACGUUUUUAUUCUGGAUGAAAAUGACAAUAAUCCAGCUGUUCUGGCGCCCUAUUCUGAGCACGGCUCUGUUAACAGUGAGAGCAUCCCCUAUUCUGCUGAAGCAGGUUACUUUGUGGCAAAGAUCAGGGCUGUAGAUGCAGACUCUGGAUACAAUGCGCUGCUUUCUUAUCACCUGUCUGAGCCCAAAGGAAACAACCUCUUCCGGAUCGGAACCAGCACCGGGGAAAUCAGGACUAAGAGGAGAAUGAGUGACAAUGACCUGAAAACUCACCCCUUGGUGGUGUUGGUUUCUGAUAACGGAGAACCCUCCCUGUCAGCUACUGUGUCUAUUGAUGUGGUGGUGGUUGAAAGCACAGCUGACAUCCAGACUCAGCUCAGACAUGUUCCUGUUAAGGAGGACAACUUCUCUGAUUUAAACAUGUAUCUGCUGAUUGCCAUUGUGUCAGUGUCAGCGAUCUUUCUGCUGAGCCUCAUCAGUUUAAUAGCUAUCAAAUGUCACAGGACAGACGGCAAUUUCAGCAGGUACGGCGCCCCAAUGAUCACCACCCACCCUGACGGGAGCUGGUCUUACUCUAAAGCUACUCAGCAGUAUGACGUGUGUUUCAGCUCAGACACACUCAAGAGUGACAUGGUGGUUUUCCCCGCGCCGUAUCCGCCUGUAGAUUCGGAGCUGAUCAGUAUUAACGGAGGAGACACUUUUACCAGGACUCAGACUUUACCUAAUAAAGAAAAGCUGUCGGUGGUGCUGAACAGAAGUUUCUGA